AUGGACCACCGGAAGGUGGCCACCAACAUCAGAAACGGCACAGCCCCGAAAGACAAGCAGCAUGUAGGAAGAUGGGGGAGAAGCCUGGCCUCUGGUGAGAUGAACUUUCCCUGCCAUCGGCCAGGCCGGGUCGCCAGGCUUCUGCAGCUGCUGCUGCUGACCCUGGCAACAUUCCCAAAAGCUUUUCUUCUCCUCACACCUCCAUGGUCCACAACCUUCAAAGGAGAGAAAGUGACUCUCACCUGCAAGGAUCACCAUUCUCUGGUCCCCGGAUACAUAUCUUGGUAUUACAAUGGGGAUUUAUGGACAAGAGGACCUGAAACAAUCCAAAUAAAGACGUCUGCACAUUACUCAUGCAAGACCCAAAGAUCCUCCCUCAGUGACCCCGUGCAUGUGGAAUUUUUAUCUGACUGGCUGAUCCUCCAGGCUUCUCACCCUGUCUUUGAAGGAGAUGAUGUAUAUCUGAGAUGCCGGGGGAAGAAAGAAGAAGAUAUUAAUGAAAAGAUUUACUACAGAAAUAACAAAGGAAUUACGCAUGAUUAUAACCCAGAAGUCAUAAGACUACAUUCAGUAUCCAGGGACAAUAGCAAAUAUCAUUGUACUGCUUCUGGGGGAUAUUUAUGGAGGCCAUGGAAAACAACUUCCAAACCUUUAAAGAUCCAAGUUCAAGAGCUGUUUCCACAUCCUGUGCUGAGAGCCAGCUCCUCCCAGCCCAUCGAGGGGAGCCCAGUGAGCCUGAAAUGUGAGACCUGGCUCCCUCCACUGAGGUCACACAUUCAGCUUCAGUUCUGUUUCUUCAGAGAAGAUAAGGUCCUAGGAUCUGGCUGGAUCGACUCACCGGAGCUCCAGAUCCUCACCAUGUGGAGUGAAGACUCAGGGUCCUACUGGUGCCAGGCAAAGGCAGUGACUCCCAAUAUCAUAAAAAAAAGCCUGAGAUCCUGGAUACGUGUGCAGAGGAUCCCUGUGUCUGAUGUGAAUCUAGAGAUCCAGCCCCCUGGGGGCCAGCUGAUUGAAGGAGAAGAUCUGGUCCUUAUCUGCUCAGUAGCCAAGGGUACAGGGACUAUCACGUUCUCCUGGCACCGGGAGGGCACAGAGAGGAACUUGGGCAGGAAGAUUCAGCGUGCCCUGUCAGCAGAGCUGCGGAUAGCCGCCGUGAGGGAGCAGGAUGCUGGGAGGUACUACUGCUCAGCCGACAACUUCUAUGGCCCCAUCCUCAGUAAACGGAUCAGAGUCACACUGAGAAUUCCAGCGUCCCGCCCCGUCCUCACCCUCAGGACUCCCGGGACCCGGGCCGUGGUGGGGGACGUGGUGGAGCUUCACUGUGAGGCCCAGAGGGGCUCUCCCCCAAUCCUGUACCGGUUUUAUCACGAGGAUGUCACCCUGGGGAGCAGCUCGGCCCCGUCUGGAGGAGGAGUGUCCUUCAACCUCUCUCUGACCACAGAACAUUCUGGAAACUACUCAUGUGAGGCCGACAACAGCCUGGGGGCCCAGCACAGCGAGGUGGUACCACUCAGGGUCACAGUUCCAGUGUCCCGCCCUGUCCUCACCUUCAACCCUGCUCGGGCCCAGGUUAUGGUGGGAGAUUUGUUAGAACUUCGCUGCGAGGUCCAGAGAGGCUCCCCCCCGAUCUUAUACUGGUUUUAUCAUGAAGAUGUCAUCCUGGGGAACACCUCAGCCCCCUUUGGAGGAGGAUCAUCUUUUAACCUCUCCCUGACCACAGAGCAUUCUGGAAAUUACUCCUGUGGGGCUGACAAUGGCCUGGGAGUCCAGAGCAGUUACAUGGUGACACUCAACUUCACAGGGCUUUCCACGAACAAAGUAAUCCAAAUCACUUCGGGCGUCAUCGGGUGGCUGCUAAGCAUGCUUGGCCUUGCUGCUACUGCUUCUUUGGUGAGUCACUUCAGGACCCAAAGGAAAUCAGGCACUGGCUAG